AUGGACUCUUCAGCAUUCGCACUCCUCCCUGGAGAGAUCAGGAACAGCAUCUACGAGAUGGUGCUUGAACAGCCACACGGCAUCCCAGUGUACACUGGCAAAGGGGCCAUCACACCACGCGGCGAUGGCAGGGACCUCGAGAGACUCGUUCCUGCGAUUUCAGGUCUACCGUCAACGAGUCGCGCGAUCCGCGCCGAAACAAUGAAGCUCUACUUCAGUCUCAACCCUCUGAUGGUCUACUGUGCGAGAGAAGGAGGCUUGGAACGCGCCAUAUUGCAAACCAUUCGCGAACUGGCACAGUGGUGUCAGGUCAUUGGCAGACAACAAACGAGCGAGCUUCGAAAGGUGGUGUUCGACCUGCGAUACCAGGGCUGGAUGAUCAACAUGGCCCUCGGCGUGCUCCAGCAGUACGCGCCGAAGCUGAAGCAGUUCUUUCACCCCUCGGUUCAGUUCGAGGUCAUGUUCCGCGCACCAUACUGGGACAUCACUGGACUCGAUCUCCCUGUGACGGUUGUCCUCGGUGACCGCACAGCUAGCCUGGAACGACUAAAUGUGGUGGCUGGUCAAACCUUUGAUAGACUUCACAAAGCUGGCUCUGGACAAGGAUCGGAUCAGUGGAACGAGCUCAAGGAUUGUGAACGACGAGUGAGAGAAGCUAUCGAGCGCAUGUCCGAAACUCAGACGUCGCGAUCCCCAGCCUCCAGAAGAUGA